AUGAUGAGUUCAUCAAUUUCCUUCCCGGUUUCCAUCAUUCUUCUUUUCCAUUUGAUCAUUUCUGUGUCAGCUGCCUAUCCUGGCAACAGUUACAAGCAUGAAGAAGUAACCUUAGAAGCUGAGAAAUACUCCGGUGGUGAAGAUGAUAUGCCGACAUUGCCGGAUAUUCAUUUGCCAUUGAACAAUUACUUAUCACGGUAUUACUAUAGUAACACGUGCCCAGAUGUCGAGAAAAUCAUAUAUACAAAGGUUAAAGAAUGGUAUGAUAAGGAUAACUCCAUUGCUCCUAGUCUCCUCAGGUUGCACUUCCAUGACUGUGCCGUAAGGGGUUGUGAUGCAUCAAUUCUUCUAAACCACGAGGGAAGUGAAAGGAUGGCAAAUGCAAGUAAAACAUUGGGAGGAUUUGAAGUGAUUGAUGAUAUCAAGAAGGAGAUUGAGAAGGAGUGCCCAAGAACUGUGUCUUGUGCCGACAUUCUCACAGCCGCCACAAGGGAUGCCACUCGGAUGGUUAAUGGUGGCACAUACUGGACAGUUGAAUAUGGAAGGAAAGACGGUAUGUAUUCUUACGCCAAGGAAGCUGAUGAGUUAGUCCCUACAGGUUACGAAAGCAUCACUACACUUCUUCAGCUUUUCCAAUCCAUGGGAUUAGACGUCUCUGAUUUAGUCAUCCUCUCAGGAGCACAUACAAUUGGAAGAUCAUCAUGCGGUGCGAUUCAAGACCGGAUCUACAACUUCAACGGAUAUGGAAAACCGGAUGAAUCGAUUGACAAAAAAUACUUGAACUAUUUGCAGAGAAAAUGCAGAUGGUCUUCAGAAUAUGUGGCUUUAGAUGCAACAACUCCCAACACUUUUGAUACCGAUUACUACCAAUAUCUUGAGAAAAAUAUGGGAUUACUGUCCACAGAUCAACUUCUGUAUUCUGACUCCAGAACCAAACCUAUAGCCAGUGCACUGGCUAACGGUAUAACAUCCGAUAUCUACACUCAAUUAUUUGGAGCUUCAAUAACAAAGCUUGGGAAAGUUGGAGUUCUAACAGGCAACGAUGAGGGCGAAAUUCGAACCAAUUGCAGCAUUGCUAAUUCUCACAAGUAUUAG